AAGGCCCAGGGGCGCGUCCAUAGGCUGCGGCUUCAGUCCAAUCGUAGACACACGGCCGUCGCAAUGAAGAUGCCGGCCUCCGCCCUGCUCGCGCUCUUGCUGGCCUGGGCAGCCGUCGCUACCGAGGGCGAGGUCACGCCAGUGCAGAAAGUCCUGCAGCUCAUGGAGAACAUGCUGGCCAAAGGCAAGAAGGAGAAGCAUGACGAAGAGGUGCAGUCAGCCGCGUACCAGCAGUUCUGCGCCGACACCUCGGCCGAGAAGGAGAAGGCCAUCAAGGAGGCCGACGAGAAGAUCGAGGUGCUGAAGGCUGACAUCGAGAAGUACGAGGCCACCGCGGCUCAGUUGACGAAGGAAAUCGCGGGCCAUGAGGCCGAUAUCGCCACGUGGGAUGGCGACAUGGCGAAGGCGACCGAGGUGAGGAACACCGAGAAGGCCGCGUACGACGACGAGCACAAGGACCUCUCGGAGUCCGUGUCCGCGCUCGAGCGCGCCAUCGAGGUGCUGAAGAAGCAGGCCUACAACAGGAAGCAGGCGUCCCUCGUGCAGGUGCGGGCCCUGCAGAGCGUCAGGCUUAUCCCCGACGACGCCAAGAAGGCAAUCGCGACCUUCCUGCAGGACGACCCCGCGGAGGAGAGCCUGCUCUCGCUGUCUGCGCCAGAGGCCUUCGGGUACGAGUUCCAGUCGCACGGCAUCGUCGAGAUGCUCUCCAAGCUGCUCUCCAAGUUCUUCAGCGAACGCACGACGGUGGAGAAGGAGGAGCUGGACAGGAAGAACGCGUACAAGCUCACCAUGCAGGACCUCACGGCCCAGAGCGACCAGGCCAAGCAGGACGUCUCGGACAAGACCCAGUCCAAGGCUAAGAACCUGGAGAUGGCGGCGGAGGCCAAGGCCGACAUGACGGAGACGCAGGCGACGCGCGACGCCGACAAGAAGUACCUGGACGAUCUCAACGCCAUCUGCGCCACGAAGGCCGCGGACUUCGAGUCGAGGCAGGCGUUGCGCGCCGAGGAGCUCGAUGUCCUUGCCAAGGCCGUCGAGAUCAUCUCGGGAGCGAGCGUGGCGGGCAGCGCCGACAAGCACCUGCCGGCGCUGCUGCAGGUCAAGGCCACCUCCCUGGCGGCCCUCCGGGCCGAGGCGGUCCAUGACAGCCGGUCCCGCGCGGUCGCGUACCUGCAGGCGCUCCCGUGCCGGCUCCGCCGCACUCGCUUGUCUUCGCAGUGCAUGUGCAGCCAGUGCGUGCAGUGCUGUGAGUUGUGGGCCUUCGCCGCCCUGGGCCUCUUUCUCCGCCGCCCCCCUCGCAGCGCCGAAGCUGUGGAGACCGCGGGAUGCGUGCCGCUGAAGACCGUCCUCAGCAACAGGCUCAAGAGCGCCGAGGUCGCGGAGAGCGGUUUGCUGCGCGGGUUGCUCGUCGAGUACCUCGUCGACUGGCAAUGA